CCGAGUCCUACCUUCUACUCUACUUCUGUCCCUUCUUUUUGUGCUUUCUGUCUGAAUCUCUCUCUGGAACAUUGAACUGAACUGAACCAAAUAGAUACACAUAAUACAAGGCUUCAAAAUGAGGGGUCCUUUGGGUGCAGUCAUUGGAAGGUACACAUCAAGUGAUGGAACCACCCACUUGGGUGGAAUCAUAAGGCACAACAGAAAAUGCAGAGACAUAGCUGUUCUUGUCAUAUUUUUAGCUUUCUGGGUUGCCAUGAUUGUCAACUCCAGCUUUGCUUUCAGCAAAGGAAACCCAUUAAGGCUUACUUAUGGGCUGGACUACAAAGGAAAUGUGUGCGGUGACAAGCAUGCUGCUGAAGACCUUCGAGAAUUGGAGCUCAGAUACUGGCUAAAUCCUAAUCAGGUUUAUCAGAGUGGAUUGAAGGAUAGCCAAGUCAAACUGGCCGAUGCCCGCAGUAUAUGCUUGCUGGACUGCCCUAUGCCUUCGGAAGAUUCACUUACUUGGGUGUGUGAUUAUCCUGAAGGAGAUAUCCGUGUUUCAAUGAAUGAUUGGAUUGAUAUGAACUAUGAUUAUUUUGAGUUUCUUACUCCAGAAAUGAGAAACUCCUCUCUUCAACUUCAGGGCCCUUGUUAUCCUCUCAUAUUUCCUAGUGUAAAUGUUUACUGGAGUUGCCAAUUCAUUGCUAGAGCAUCAAAUGUAUCUUUAAAGCAUUGGCAGCAGAUGGGCGGAGUUAACAUCAAUGAAGACAUUGUUAUUGACAAGUCCAUUCAUGAGAAUAUCAAUUCUCGAUCAGCUGUCUUCAAGAGAUACAUGGCUGACAUAGGAAAGGCAUGGCCUGUGCUGAUUGUAUGUGGAGGGAUUUUACCUCUGUUUCUGUCUGUGGUUUGGCUGCUAAUGAUUCGGCAUUUUGUUUCUGCAAUGCCUUGGAUAACAGUGGUUUUCUUUAAUGUUCUCAUAGUAUCAGUUACAAUGUUCUUCUACCUAAAAGUUGGAUGGAUAGGAAAUGAUGCUAUUUCCCCCAUCAUUGGUGAGCAUGAUGCUUACAUUCAUGUAUUUGUGAGGGAGCUGACUCAUCUACGUGUUGUGACUGUCUUUAUGACCUUUAUCAUGGUUGUUGCCAUUCUUACUUCAAUAGCUAUUGUUCGUCGCAUCCUUAUGGCAACUUCUGUCCUUAAGGUUGCUGCAAAAGUGAUAGGAGAGGUUCAAGCACUUAUUAUCUUUCCAAUCAUACCAUAUGGUAUUCUUGCAGUAUUCUACAUGUUCUGGAUUUCUGCUGCUCUCCAUUUGUUCAGCUCUGGUCAAGUUGUUCAGAAUAAUUGCAACUCUAACUGCUGCUCAUAUAGUCUCACUGAGAAAAAGGUGAUUUGUGAUCAGUGUUGUGGAUAUAGCAUUCAUUACACACCGCAUAUUGGAGUUGCCAUCCUUUUUCACCUAUUUGGGUGUUAUUGGGCUACACAAUUUUUCAUAGCUUUCUCAUCAACGGUGAUUGCUGGAUCUGUUGCCUCUUAUUAUUGGGCCCAUGGUGAAGCAUCUCCAGAAAUUCCUUUUCUUUCUGUCUUUUCCUCAAUGAGAAGGCUUAUGCGUUACAGUCUUGGUUCUGUGGCUCUUGGCUCUCUGACUGUAUCAUUUGUCGAGUCAAUCCGCUUUCUGCUUGAAUCUAUUCGCAGGAAACUAAAAGUCUCCAGUCAUGUACCUGACAGCUGGAUUGGCAAGGCUGCAUACCAAUGUUCUCAAUGUUUUCAAAGGUGUAUUGAGUGGAUCAUCAAAGCAGUGAACCGAAAUGCUUACAUCAUGAUUGCUAUAACGGGUAAAAGUUUCUUUAGAGCUUCUGCUAUUGCAACAGAAUUGAUCAUGAAUAACAUCCUACGGAUUGGACGUGUCAAUGUGAUAGGAGAUGUUAUUUUGUUCCUUGGAAAACUAUGUGUCAGCCUUUCAAGUGCUGUUUUUGCUUUCCUCAUGUUGGAUGCACACAAGUACAGAUCUGCACAUAACAAGAUCUCAUCUCCAUUAUUGCCUGUUGUGGUUUGCUGGGCUCUUGGAUAUAUUGUUGCAACUCUUUUCUUUGCAGUUGUAGAGAUGUCAAUUGACACCAUCAUUCUCUCAUUCUGCCAGGACUCUGAAGAGCAUGGGACAGCACAGUAUGCUCCACCUCUUCUCAUUGAAACUCUUGGGGACCACAAUGAGAUGCAGAGACUUACACAAGGACCCCAAUGA